UCGACAUCUUGCAAUCCUCCCAACAACCCUUGAAAGAUUAUAGCUUCCUGUCCGCGCCCACCAGCUCCAGAGGGCUCUACACACCUCCCGAUGCAUCUGAGGAGUCACCAUGUCGGCCGCCGCUCCCUCCACUGACCCGGCCCAAAACGCAUCUUCAGGGAAGAAGAAGAACAACAAGAAGAAGAAGAACGCGAACAAGCCCAAAGAACCCGUAGAGACAGAUGGCGCUGCUCUCCAGCCUGAGAAUGUCGAGGAUGGCGAUGAUGAACCGGAAACCCCGGUACAGGCCUCGGCACCCAUAGAAGAAACCGGCACCGACGAGCCGACGGACAACGACACGACGGCCAAUGGCCACACCGAGAGACCGACCAGCAAUGGACAUGCGAAACCCCCGAUAGCGAAGGCUCCAGAAGAGCAGGAAAUUAGUUUUGAUGCCACAGCAAAGUUGGACGCCUUGACGAAGGAACGAGAGGCGCUGCGCUCGGAGGUUGAGCAGCUGCGCAAGCAACUAGAGACCAUCCAGGAGACACACAGCGAGACAGUCACGCAGCUCAAGUCGGAACUGGACGAGACAUCGACGGCCAAGGAACAGGCGGAGGAGAGCUACCAGGCCCUCCUCGAGCGUGUCAACCACCUCAAGUCGACGCUUGGCGAGCGACUCAAGCGCGAUCGCGCUGAGUUGGAAGAGGCCAAGGAGCGCAUCGAGGAACUCGAGUCCCAGAACGAAGAGCUGCAGAAUGGCGCACAGGCGUCAGAGGAUGAGCUGACCAAGCUCCGGGAAGAGCUCCAGGAUACCUCGCGCGAGGCGGCGAGCCUUCGCAGCCGCAGCAACCUGUCACAGCAGAACUGGGUCAAGGAGCGCGAGGAGUUGACGAGGCUCGUGGCCAACCUCAAGGAGGAGGUCGAGACGACGACCAACGCCAUGGGCGAGUGGGAAGUCAUCGCCAUGGAGGAGCGCUCCGUCAAGGAGAGCCUGGUCGAGAAGGUGUCAGAGCUGGAAGAGCAGAUCGCCAAUCUCCGCGACGGCUACGAGAGCGCCACAUCCGAACGAGACCACCAGUCGCAGGUAAUCGACAGCCUGCAAAAGGCCCUGCGGGAGAUCCAGGACGCCCGCAAGAAGGAGCUGCGGGAGAUGGUCGAGACGUCCGAGGAGCAGCUCCAGGCGAUGAAGAAGCUCGUGCAAGAAGCGGACUCUAGAGCCACCGAGGCCGAGGCGGCCAAGGAGAACCUCACCAAGGAACUUGAGCGGACUGCGCCAUUCGAAAAGGAAGUCAAGGAGAAGAACCUCCUGAUCGGCAAGCUACGGCACGAGGCGAUUGUGCUCAACGACCACCUGACCAAGGCUCUCCGAUACCUGAAGAAGACGAAGCCCGAGGACAAUGUUGAUAGACAAGUCGUGACGAACCACCUUCUGCAUUUCCUCACCCUCGACCGCUCCGACCCUAAACGCUUCCAGAUCCUGCAGGUCAUGGCAGGCUACCUCAACUGGACAGACGAGCAGCGCGAGCAGGCUGGCCUCGCGCGGCCGGGCACGUCCAACAACACCCUGCGCCUCCCAGCUUCGCCCUUCCACCGCACACCAAGCACCCCGUCGUUGAGCGCAGAGUUUUUCUCCGAGACGCCGACGUCGGCGAACAAGGAGUCCCUCGCGGACCUGUGGGCCGGCUUCCUCGAGCGCAGCGCCGAGGAGGGGCUAGACCAGGCCGGCGGCGCGUCGCGCGACCGCAAGGAUAGCGGCAGCAGCGCAGCGACGGGGCCGAUGAGGUCCGAGACCCGGGGCGGCGGAUAGUGGAGGUCGUCGUGGUAUGGGCCGUCGUCGAGCCAGUGAGGUCGCUUGUCCUCGGAAGGAGAAGGGCUUUGAGUUUGGUGGUCCCAGUGGUUGGGGUGGGGGAACAGAGCUCCAGAGAGAUGUUGGGUAUACCAGGGCUCCUAUCGAUCUCUGCAGACACACAACGUAAGACACGCACACACACACACUCGAGAAGAAAUAUGUUUAUAUAAAAACCUUGGCGUUGGUGAGAGCGCACGAGCGGAAAUGGGGCAUCCACGGGGCGGGUAUCCAGGCGAGAGGAUCGGAGGGGCGUCGUCAAAGCAUUGUUCUUCUCGUCGUUUUCCUCCCUCUUUCGCUCGUGGAACGGGAAGGAAGAAGCCCACUGCCCCCCCCCCCCCCCCCUCUCCUUUCCUUGCCAGGAUUAAGGGAGAGAGGGAUGCAUGGAUGGAUAGAAGGAUGGAUGAAUGGAAAGGGCAUGAUGACCUGGGGAUCCGGAUGGCAAUGGGAGGAGGGAAGGGAAAUACUUGUAGCAGAUUACCUAGCCCUAGAGGCGUAUUAAAGCAAACCUCGUUUCUCUUCCGGAUCGGGCAAUAUAUACCUACUACACUAGAGGGCAUGUCUCCUUGGAUGGUGUAUGCACGCAUACGCACACUCACUCACAGACAGUGAACUGAUGCGGACUCUUAUCUUUUAAGGUGUUUGAAAUAGUAUCUGAAUCUCUACUGCAUACGCUUAUGGUUUCCCAUCCGGACCGUCCUUC